CCUCCAGCCGUCCAAUCACGACGUUUGUUAUUAGUGGCCAACAAGGCCCAGUUCAUUUUGGAUGAGGGAAGGUGACAUUUGUAGCGUAUGGUAUGGUGUAUGAAAGUGGGGAGAGGGAACAGUAAAUAAAGUAACAUGUCUUCUCUUGGAAGAACUGUGGGUGUGCUCCGAGCCGGAGUGCAGCUUCUAAGACGGGGCCCUCAGAAAAUGGUCGUCAGAAAAGCUGGCGGCGGACCUCACAUUGAGGCCCAGUACAGGCAGUUUCCUCAGCUCACCAAGAACCAGCACUUCCAGGCAGAGCUGCUGAGUGGUGCCAUGUGGUUCUGGAUCCUGUGGCACUUCUGGCAUGACCCAGAUGCAGUGUUUGGUCACUUCCCCUGGCCUGAUGCCUCCAAGUGGACUGAUGAAGAACUGGGGAUCCCACCACUUGGUGAGGGGGAGGAAGAGGGGGAGGAUGACGAUGAUGAGUGAAGAAAGCCUCGCUAACUUGUGACCCCCAGUCUCGAGUGUGCUGGGCUACUGCUGAGGAGUUGGACCAUGUCUUCAGUCGGACGAGCUGAAAGGCUUCAGCAUUGUACAUAGAGCAAUAAAGUAAACUGCUGUCUGCUAAA